AUGAAUUACCUGCAACCACUUGCUGAUCCAGAACCAGGCCCUAUUCCCCAAAUUUACAGUAAUGUUAUUAAUUUUGUUAAAGCCGAUUCUAUUGAUAAUGAGAGAAAUAAAAGAAAUUCACUUAAGCCAAUGGCACCGUAUGUUAUUUUUCGGAAGCAAGUUUCUAGAAGAAUUGGGAAUGUACCUUGUAAUAUGAAUAAUGAUGAGAUUAGCAUGUUGACUGCCAAAUUAUGGAGCAACCUCAGUAAUGAUAAAAAAGAG